AUGGCAAAGCGCCUGGGAGGCGCCUCUGGGCGUCCAGGAAAGGCUUUGGACCGGGAGGAGCGCCUGGAGAAGCUGGUGAACUCCUGUGCCUUCGGAGGUGCGCCGGUUCCGGUCCCGGAGAAGGGCAAGCGGGCUGUGGGCCCCAAGAGUUUGGGCCUGGGACGCCCUGCCUCUGCCGGUGCCUCUCACGGGGUGCGGGCGAUCUCGCAGGGCAGGGGAAAACCGCCGCCUGCGAAUGCGCCUCCGAAGCCUGGGAGUAACAUACACACCUUGGCAUCGCUUGGUGAAAGUGGCAGCCGGCUUCAAGACACAACGGAAGCAUACCGCCAGCAGCGCGGCACGACUGCCAAGAAAGUUACGGAUGUGGGCUACCAGUCGAUGACAGCCGAGAAGGCUGCAGAGGUUGACAAGGCAAGGGCGAAGGCUCGGGUCAAUUCACAUCGGUCCGCAAGCGUUCCAACAAACGCCAAAGUCUUCAGUGUCAGCGGCCAGCAGAUCUCGCAGCGUCCUGGUAAGCGUGUUGGAGAUAGAGGUCAGCAGCCAGGGGCAUUGUGA